GGCGGACCUCCCUCUCCAGUCCUGCUAGUCCCAUCGCCCAGAGGGAAGAAGAUGGGCUGGUUCAAGAAGGAGACCAACAAGCCAAAGCUGAUCUGGGAUCCUGUGACGCACACUGCGUGGACGAGACUCAGGGAGAAGGUCUUGAGUCGGGGUGGGACGGGAGUCUUCUGGAGAAAACAGCAGUGAGAUCUACAUUGCUCUAAGGUCUUGUGGCGGAACCUAACACCGAGUUGCCGCGUCGUUCGUUGCAGCCCUGCCUGUUUGCUACCGCACGGUCAUAGCAACAUUACCAUUGUAUGACCUGGGCGCAAUUUGCCCCCACAAUUCAGGGAGAGAAAGUUGACGUCUCUACUUUAAAGCCCGUCUCUUCUAUUUGAUCGCCUUGUUCCUUCGCCACCGUCACCUGCUCUACCUCUCACGCUGGGAAGCUGGACUUCCAUCUUCGCCGACCUUCCUUUUACAAAGUUUGGGCACUGGCCAGUCACCGCAAUGCGGUUGCACCUGCUCGCUACCUUAGCACUUUUGAGUGUUGUGCUCGCGCAUACUGUCCCUACACUGGCCGCAAACUCCCCACUUCUGCAAAGGCCGACUAGACAUUCAUUGCUUCUCGAAGAGGCUUCGGCCGCCCACAAUGAGCUUCUCAAGAGAGGAGGAGGAGACCCCGGGGCCUCUACUUCAGGAACCAAGGAGUCGCCUGGACCGUGGAGGUCGCUCUUCCCGAGCUUUCCUUCUCCCACCUCGGCCUCUGUCCCAUCAUCGCCCGAUCCAGUCCCAUGGCAUAAAUUCAAACACCCUCUCUACUCUUCGCCGGUAGAGCAUUGGAGGUCCUUGUUCCACAACGGGCCGCCUCAAACAAAGUCUGCGCCAGCAUCUCCUCAGAAUGAUAAACAGAAAGCAUUAGGAAAGGUAAAGUCGUUGCCGACUUCGCCUGGCACGCCCGCCUGGUCGUAUCAUUCACUCAGCUCCCUAGGCUCUUUUCGAGCUUCGCCCGACUCAGUCAAGUCUCAACCCCCCUCUCCACUGAAGGGAAAGAAACAGCGUGGGACGUACACUCUGACAAAGCCCAAGAAGAACACUUGGUUCGGCUGGUUCAAGAAGGAGAAACAUAUCACCGCUGCUCCGACGUACAAGAAUGACAAGAUCAGAUCUCCGGCACACCUGCAUGACAAGGAGACGCGGAAGUACAAGACGUUCUUCUACGGUAAGAAGGCGAAGCAAUUUGCUACAAUAGUGAGACCAUCUGUUCUUCGCUCUGAAGAGGGACAUGAGAAGCAGAAACUGAGGAAACUGAUGGUCAAGACUGCGAAGAAGCUUGGAAAAGAGUUUGGAUAGUCGGGCGCCCACCGUUGUUUCGGCUUCUUUCGUUUGCGUCUAAACUUGUUUCGGUCCGAUGACAUUUGAUACGUUGACCUGAGCAGUUUCAUUGCUAGUAAGCCAUCAAGCAAUUCCAGACACUAUACCGUGGGCUCAAGCCCCAUUGAUCAGCGAGAGCUACUCCUUACCUAUGGUUCGAAAGACGGGAUAAAUUCACGCUCGCCGUUCGUUCAUUUUGGAAUACAUUGAUUUGGCA